AUGACAAGAAAGAAAAAACCUCUAACAGCUUCCAAGAGCGUUCAAACUAUCAAUGUUGGUACAUCUUCGAAAGUGGAAGGAAAAUCUGAGGGAAAAACAUCGACUUCCCCAAGAGAACCAUCUACAGUUUCUAUGGAGAGUAUUGAGCACACCAGUGUUGUCUCAUCUACGAAAGACAGAGAGGUUACUUCAACAACUCCAAGCAUUGAAGAAAUCAAAAAGUGGAGGCGAGGAGAUGUUAUAAAUUUUUUGCAAGAGAAGAAAGAAGAGCUUGACCUUGAUGAGAAGGAUAUUGAAAUAAUCAGAAAGAAUAAGAUUGCUGGUCAAGCAUUCCUAAAUUUAAACGAAGCAGAACUUAUACAUGAUGGCUUAACUCAAGAACCAGCAAAAUCAAUCAUAUAUUUGAUUAAAACUCUUAAAGGCGAAGAAGAUCAAACAUAUCAAACACAAGAUCAUAGGAGUUUGCAGGAGAUUGUAGAGAAUGCAGUGAAUAAAGCAAUGAAAGAAAAACAAUUUGAAGUGAUAAGUGUAUCAAAUCUGAGUGGUACCAAGAUGAAAAAAAUUGAGAAAACUAUGGGUUUUGAAAACAUGCGACUUAAUGUCAGAGAUUUUCUAGACUUUUCAGCUAUAGAGUGUGAUGGAUUCAAUUGGGAUAUGGGCAAAGAUGAAGACAAACAAAUGCAGGAUGUCAAAAACUGGUUUAAAAAUGUAUUAAAUUUAGGAGAAUACUAUUCCGUUGAAGAUGUCCAUAAUUCUACAAAAAAAGAAGUAACAUUAAAUAAAGCUUGUACUAUAUUACGGGGUGGAACUGAUAUUUGCAUUGGUCCAAGUCUAACAGGAUGCGUCUAUGUAAAAACAAAGAAAUCACUCCAAGGAUCAAAAUUAGAACAUCAAGCUAAAGGAGAAUUACUUAUCGCAAAUGCAGAUGUUGCGUUAGAUGUAUUGGUCGUAUUGACAGAUUGCAACGAAAAGUGGACUAUCUUUUUCAUAACCAAAGUUGAAAGUCCAGUUGAGCAAUAUUUCAUUGUAACUGCAGUAAUUGAUGACCAUGGCAUAGCAUUAAGUAUAAUCAAACAUUUUGUUUUAGAACAGGGAAGCAAAUUUGAUAGCAUUAUGGGAAUGAAUAAGAGAGAGAGUUCAGAAAAAUUUAUAAAUAUUGAAGGUCCAUUAUCAAAAAAGGCGAAGUUCAGAGAAGCUGUUAUAUUUUGUGAUGAGAGAAUGUUGGAUAUGAUUCCGGAUAUGACAGAAGAUGAAUUAUUUCGUAUGAAAAUGAGGUGGCAAUUAAAGAUGCUUGAAAAAUCAGCUAAGAUUGAUGAGAAACCUAUUAUACAACAGUACAUAUCAGCUUUUAGUGAUGAUUAUGAAAAUCAUUAA